AUGGUUUCAGCAGAGAGGUUUGUCUGCGCCUCUCCAUCAACCAUACCACUCCUCCUUGAUAGAGUGGGUGUAAUAGGAACAGAAGAGCGACUUUUGCUGGCAACCUGUUGGUCUUGGGGAUGAUUUCGAGGGGAAGCGACAUGGCGCGGAAGAAACCAGGAGGAUCGGAGAAGCGUGAGAAGAUCUGAUGGGCGGUCACAGGUGAGACCGACAUCGUUCCAAUCGUCUAGAUCUUGUUGAUCAUCAACUUCACACUCCUCAGCGAACUGUACAGCACUCAUUCUAUAUCCAUUAUUGAGAAGAUGCUCAUUGAUAAGAAACCGCAGAGCACGCAAUUCUGCGUUUGAAGCUGGAUCCACCGUCUCCCGAAAAGUCCCACACUCUGAAUUUGUCGGAGUUGGGGAGGCAAUCGGUUCCAAGCCUUUAGGGGCUCCAAUAAUUGCAGAUGUGAAGCGCUCCUUCAGAUUUUUAAUUUCUUCAUUUUUUUUCCUGAGCUCAAAUUCAUAAACUUUCAGUUGUUCUUCUAGAGAAUUCUGAUCUUCACUACCAGAACGCAGAUCGGCCGAAUCUAGGGUUGAGAGACUUACGCGUGAGUUUAUAGACAAGACAUCCAACUGA